UGCCCUUGUUAUAUAAGGCUACCAGGCAUUUUGGUGCCCUUGCAAUCCCUAGGAAAUAUCCCCUCUUUGUUGGUGGUGCUGCAUCCAGUUCCCCGGAAACACCAGUGUACCUGAAAAUUUAUAUUUCAACAUGGCAGAAGAGUAAGUAGGACUUUUUAUAUUAUUAAUUGGCAAGGUGAAGUUUGUGUUUUGGUGAUGGAUUAGGGAUAAUGCAGGGGGUUGGAGUGGGACUCUCAGAAAAAUGUCCCCUAGUCCUCGCACCCACCCAUGCUGGGGCUUAGCAUGACAGUGGGUUUUUAAACUUGUUUUUUGGUGUCUCUCUCUUUAUUUUCACUGUCACAGAAGGGGAAUUAUGGCGGGGUGUAUGGGUGUGUCAGUCAGUCAGGUGUCUGCCUUCUACAUGCUGUGACUAGGCCUGCUCCAGGAGCAGAGUCUAGAGAAGAGAGUAUGGGAACUGGGAUCUGGAACCGUCGGUGUCCUCUGGAAUUAAAAUUGACUGAAUUAGGGUUGGAGACAGUUGAAGAAAACCCAGGACUUCUGUGCCCUCUGGAAGGAGCAGUGGUGUCCUUUGGGGUGAGUGGGAAGAAACAAAAUUUGCCUGGGUCAGGAGUAAUGUGAUAGUUGGGGCAAUGGAGAUGAAAACUCUUUAAAAUAUUGCUUGGGCCUGCUGGAGAAAGGUAUAUAUGUACAUGAAAGAAUAAUAUAGUCGUUUGACUGAUACAUAUACUUCUGUUGUUUUCCACAGGGAAGAAAUCACUGUAAGUAACAACAAAGAAGAAUCCUCAAAACAGACAGAAAAUAAAGGCUCAUGUUUUUAACUGGGGCCGUGUCCUACUCCUUCAGGAUCCAUUUUUUACUACAUCAGGGAAACUCUAGUUUUCAGCGGUUUUACUUCGAAUGUAGUAAAUGAAAUAAUUCCCAUGAAAAAUUGAUGUAGUAAAGUCCAUCCAUGUUGAGUGAUCUUGGAUAUUCUACCACUAGAGUCAGCUAAUACCCCAAGAUCAAAAGACUCAGUCUCUUUGUACAAUAGCUGUGUAUUGUCAUUGAUCUAACUAUAGCGUUUGAAUCUUCCCAAGUUUCAGCUUCCAGCUUUAAGUGAAUUUUGCCACUUAAAGAUAAGCAUUGAAAGCGUUUCUUUUUCACUCCAAAUCAGAACUCAGUUCAUUGGAAAAGAUAAUCAAGAUUUCGCAAGAGGUUACCAAUGUCAGUCCAGUUUAGGAUUUACGAACAGCAAUGAAUUUUGUAAUAAGUAUUAGAUUAUCCUAAAAUGUUUGCCUUUAGUAUAUUGAGUAAUGUGUUCGACCAGCAUUUAAUUUCUUAAAAAGAGGAGGUCUGAGAUUCAACCCUUUUGAGAAGUCAUAUUCUUUUCUCUGAAAAUUCUUCUCCUUCAGUCUUGAUGCCUGAUGGCACAUUAUGGUCUCAUGAUACUGAAGGAAAUCCACUCUGCAGGUUCUCCGAGGCACUCUUCAUAUACCUAGGAGUAAAUCCUGCUACUAAAAUCAGAACUGAGUAUGCAGAGGAGAAGAUCUGGCAUAAUAUCCUGAAUUUUGGCUUAAGGAAAUAUUACAAUAAAUGCCCAAAUAGGUUUGCUUUUACUUUUAAAUGCAAUGUGGGCAGUGAGAAUUUUGACUCAAGAGGUGGCCAAGAUCAGAGUUUAAAUCCUUGAGGUCUUUCCAAUGGUGGCAGAUUCACACAAUCUUAAAAAAAAAGAAGAAGCAUGUUUAAAUAUCAGGAACCUUGUCCAAUUUUCAAAACCUGGACCCAUUUAAAAUGCCAACAAACUAACCCAGCUAUCCUGACUCUUAUAGUAUUUCUUAAAGACAAUGUGGCAGUUAACACAAUACACAUUUUCUUUCUUUCUUCAGUAUGAGGAAGAGGAGGAGGAAGAAUAUGUGGAGGAGGAAGCGGAAGAAACCAUAGCUGAGCCAAAACAAGAGCUGGUACCUCCCAAGCCUGCACCUCCCCCUCCUCCCCCUGCCACUGUCCCUCCACUCCGCAGAAAAUCUUCUGCUAAUUAUCGAGCCUAUGCUGUUGAGCCACAUGAUAAGAGAAAAUCCAAGAUAUCAGCUUCUCGGAAAUUACAGCUCAAGCAAUUGAUGCUCCAGAUGGCAAAGCAGGAAAUGGAAAAGGAUGAAGAAGAGCGUGCCCAGGAGAAAGAGCGAUACCUCUCAGAGCACUGCAGCCCUUUACAGGUGGCAGGCCUUGGCCUUACUGAGCUACAGGAGAUGUGCCGGGAGCUCCAUGCACAGGUUGGCAAGAUUGACGAGGAGCGUUACGACAUGGAGGCCCGGGUCAACAAGAGCAUCAAUGAGAUCGAGGAUUUAAACCAGAAGAUCUUUGACCUGCGAGGCAAGUUUAAGCGCCCGGCUCUUCGCCGUGUCCGGCUCUCGGCCGACGCCAUGAUGCAGGCACUUCUGGGCUCCAAGCACAAGGUCUCCAUGGAUUUGCGGGCCAAUCUAAAACAGGUCAAGAAAGACGACACUGAGAAGGAAAAUCGGGAGGUGGGUGAUUGGCGGAAGAACAUCGACGCUUUGAGUGGCAUGGAGGGGCGCAAGAAGAAAUUUGAGGCCUCCACUGCAGGACAAGCCUGAGGGUCAAAGCUGACGAAUGCAGCACAGGUGCUGCAGGCAUAGCCUGAACCUGAGACAAGUGGUGCACCAUCGAUACGUAUAUUUUUUCUUCUUCCCUUGGAAAUGGUUCUCCCUGUAUUUUCUUCUCUCAUCUGUUUUUCAGAUGAGUCUCCUGUCUUCUCCCCAGCCUGCAGAAUUCAUCAAUUCUGUGAGAUGUACUGGCAAGAAGAUACACACACACACCCAUCUCUGAAUGUGUUAUCAUUCCUCGUAGUAUACUAUAGAUGCCUGUUGUGAAGAGUGCAUUAUGGAGCACCUUCCUUCAUCCUACUUUCCCUCUUCUUGCUUGUGAGUGAAUCCAAACCAUAACACGGACACCAUCAAAACAAUCCUUUAUAAACUGGCUGUGCACACAUGGUGAUAGGGAGAGGAUGGGCUGCCACCACUGUGGCCGCUAUAUUCAAGUCAAGUUAGUAAACCUACUCUGUACUUAUUAUUAUUUUCUUUAAGCAGGCAGUGGGAAGGGUGUCCAAUUUUUAAGGUAGAAAAUAUAGUAGCUUUAUAGUUACUGCAGCGCUUGCUUUGUGGUGGUAUAGCUCAGGGAUUCUCAAUGUUGGGUCCCCAGAUGUUAUUGGACUUCAACUCCCAUAAUCCCCAGCCACGUUGGGAAUUAUGGGAGUUGAAGUCCAAUAACAUCUGGGGACCCAGCAUGGAGAAUCCCUGGUAUAGCUUACUCUGAAAGCUACUGUAUGGUGUAGCUUCCCCUGAGAAGCAAACCAGGCUUAACUUCCAGUGAAAAGUUAUGACAUUUUAGAUUGAUUAAGAUAAUUUUAUUUAUUGCACACCACUAUUUUUGACAUUUUUUGAAAAUUAAUAUUUUAUUGAUGUUCAUGUUAAAGGUACAUAGUUCAUACGUUUGGCCAUUAUUAUGCCAUCACACAAUAUAUUCCCAAACACUGGGAACCACAAACAUUUUUUUUAAAGGAACAAUCAUAUUUAAAGCCAUUAGAGCAACAAAGUUGGGCAUCUCAGUCCUAAAAAACUGCUGCAAUGCUGCUUGAAUCAGUGUUCUGCCAUAAAGCACACUGCUGAAAAAUGUAGUAAAACACAACACAUAUUCAUAGAAAGGCAAAAGUUUAUAAAGCUUAUAAAUAAAUAAAUAUAAACAAAUAACAUCAUGUUCGCUUUUCACAAACCACUUCCUACACAAAAUGGACGCUGUGAGGUUUCUGAUUUUGGAGGGCGUACCACAGCCCUCGGCCGGGACCUUGGAACCCAGUAUAAAUCAAUCUUAAUAACUGAUCAAACCCAUAAUUGCUUUUGCUUUAUUUUGCCUUCUGCUGGAAGCAAUGCCAGAAGGCAAAUUCUUACCUCUGCACAUAUUUGCAGCUUCAGAAAAUGAGAAAAUCUGACUCAAAAAUUCAGUUAUCAGCUGCUGCAUCCUGUUCUGAUCAACAGAACCCCAUGGCUAUGACCUAAUUACUACAGGCUUAACACCAGCUGAAUUAGCAUUCUCUCUUUAGAAAGGGAAAUAAAUAUGCAGAAAUAAAACAUACAUAUGUUUGUAUAAAUAACCGUACAUAAAUUAUCUGCUGUCAACAUCAUUUUCAUGUAUCUUCCUUUUCCACUUCCUACUCUAGCCAGCCUCCUUCAAUAAAUAAAACCUGACAUAUAAUAAAUAAGUUAUUUAAAUAGAUAGAAUAAAUCCUGAAAAAAGCUGGCAAAGUUAACAACAAUGUUGAUGAUGAAAAAGAAAAGCAACUCAGUCCAAUGAAACCAGAGUUUCACUGCUAUGAUCGGUGAAUCUUCCUUAUGUGUCUCUUAAGUGCAUCAUUUACAUGUAUCAUGGCAACAUUGGGAUGCAGAAGCCCAUAAUACACAAUAAUUAUAUUAAACACUUUGAAGUCUGCUCAGAGCACAAUAAAUGAAUUCUUUCUCCCCCUC